UCAACCACACUGAAACUAAACAGAAGCGGCGAGUUUCAGAAAUGACUUACCAGAACUUGGCCACUGACCAUUGAAGCUUUUGAGUUAUGCCGGACUCAAAUGUAUCUUCUGGUGGGAACGCCAAGGGAGCUUGUGUGCCUUUUCCUCGGUCCGUCUGGACGCAUCCGUUUUCACCCACGGAUGACUUUGACAGACUGUGCGCCGAAAUAUUUCACAGGUCGGAGAGGACCAAAAGAUGCAUGUGGGCAUUCUCACCCGACGGCAACCGCAGUCAUGAAGAUAGACUCACUGAUGAGGCCAAGGACAUCCUGGAGAGGGCGGCGAAGGCAAACCAGCCGGAUGAGAUCCACCUGAUGAUUCGCCGAGAGCACCUGGGCCUCUUGGGGGCGCCGGCGCACAAGGAUGCAGCUACCUCCAAGCACACCUCCUCCUCCUCCUCCACCACCUCCUUACCCACCACCUCAUCCCUCCCCAAACCCUCCUUCCCUUCCGCCAUACCGGCCUCUUCAUUCUUCACCUCCACCUUCCCUACCUCCUCCAAAUCCACCACCUCCUUCCCUCCGUUCCCCAACUUCCCCUCCUCCUCCACCACCACCUCCAUCCCCACCACCACCACCACCUCCACCACCACCACCUCCUCCUCCCUUUCCUUCACAGACAUUAGGGGCCGUGUCACCCAGCAUGGGCAGGAGGAGGUGCGGCCACCGGCGUCUGCGUUUUUUCCCGCCCAGGAUGGGAUGUCACCGCAGACAACCUGCCUCAGCAUCGAGCGCUACCUGAAGGAGGUGCUGCUCCCCAAGGAGGUGCCGCUCCCCAAGGGCCAGAAGGACGAGCAGGAACGGAGGGAAGAAGAGAGGAAAGCGAGGGAGGAGAGGAAACCGAGGGAGGAGAGGAAGAAGGAGGAGGGGAAGCAGAAAGAGGAGGAGAAGGAGACCCCCGCACUGUCGGAGGAGGAAUUCCCGCCACUCCCCUGUGCCGCCUCCCCGUGGGCGUCCUUGUCAGAUGGCAAGAAGAAAAGUGCUGGAGGAUCACUUGGUGGCGGUCUUGGGGGUGGCACCAAGUCAUCCACAGGAGCAGCAGCAGAGAUCGCACCGAAGCUAGCCACCCCCAACGGAACCUGGGGGCCACAGGACUCAACAUCCCAGAAGCCAGCGACCACUGUCGGGGGGAUCAGGAAUUGUCCCAGGUUCCAGGAGUCUACACCCCAGAAAACAGCGACCCCCAGUGGAGGGCUGAGGACCUCAGGAUCACAGGAGUCUACAGCCCAGAAGCCGAUGACCCCUAUUGGAGGAGUUCGGACCUGGGGCCCUACACCUUCCAGAGUGGCCGGGAGCAUGACCCCUGCACCAGCCGGCCACGCAGACGUUCCUCUGGAGGGCCUCAGGUGUGCUGGAGAGCAGAUGACGUGGGCCUCGAAACCAGUGCAACCAGUGCAGCCAGUGCAGACCAGACCUACUGUGCCCGGCCAGCCCAGCCAGCCCUGUCCUCUCAAUUAUGCUCACAGGGUUAGCCAUGCUAACCAGCCCACACCAGCAAGCAGAGCUAACCCGUUCCCACAGGCUAACCUUAUCAGCCAGCCCACACCAGCAAGCAGAGCUAACCCGUUCCCACAGGCUAACCUCAUCAGCCAGGCUUCAUCGGCUAGCAAGGCUAGUCUCGUCACACAGGCUAAUGUGACAAGCCAGGCCUCACCAGCUACUAAGGUUAAUCCCUUUGGACAGGCUACCCAUGCUAAUCAGCCGACAUACGCUAACAAGGCCACUUCAGUUAACUGCUUUGCACAGGCUACUUAUGCCAGCCUAGCUGCACAGGCUAAUAAUACUAGCAAUAUCACGCAGGCUAACUUGGCGAGUCAGUCCGCACAAGCUAACCAAACCAGCCAGAGACCUGCUUGGCCAAAGCCUCCCACCGUCCCUGUUGCAGACCCCAAUUUUCCCCCUCUCCAUCAGCAGCAGCAGCAGCAGCAGCAGCAGCACCUGCGCCCCCCCUUCCGCCCCCCUUUCCCACAAAACCCCCAUGCUAACUUCCCCUCAGCACGCACGGGGCACCCCCUCUUCCAGCAGCAGCCAUUCAACACCAACGCCCCGCCUCCACCCCACCCCAGCACCCUGCCGCACUUCCGUCCUCCGAACAACACCCCAUUCCCCCCUAACCAGCCCCAGCAGCAUAGGCCCUACGUGGGCCACCCCCAGGCACACAGGCCCCCCAAUGCCCACCCAGCCCAUGCCUACACCCAGGUGCACACCCAGGUCCAUGCUCACAGGGCUAGCCCCUCUCUCUCAACCCAUUCACAGAAUAUCCGGGCCAGCGCCGGUCUCCCUGCCCAGAGCCACCCCCUGCUGCAGGCCCAGAAUCAAGCUUACCGGGCCGCCCCGCCUCAACCUCACCUCAACCCCAUCCCCACCCAGUCUCAGGCUGAGGCCCAAGCCCUCGCUCACCUCCAGUCCCUGGCACUGGCUAACAGGGUAGCCCCUGGACGCCCCAGCACUCACCCCCAGCAGCCAAACAGGCCAGGCCAACUUGGCCAUCCACAGCCUCAGAACCAGACCCAGACCCAGCAGCCUACUGCCGCCUCCACCCUCCUAGCCCCACCUUGCCAACCGCCCUCCUGCCCGCCUCCCCUGCCCUCAAACCCUCCGCAGACCCAGAAGACCCCCACCUGUCCCCCUACAACUCCGUCUUGCCCCCCUCCCGUCAUCCAGGGGCCUCCGUCUGCUCCACAGCAGCAGCAGCCUCAGCAGCAGCAGCAGCAGCAGACGCCUCAUCAGCAGCAGGCUCAGCAACAGCAACAGCACCACCUAGUGGGGGGGCUGCCGGCCGGGACGGACUUCCUCAGCAUGGCCCAAGUACUGCAGGCUGCAGCCGAGGCCGCCACACAGGCACACCAGCAGCAGCAGCACCAGCAGCAGCAACAGCAGCAGCAGAUGCCCAAUGGCGCACGAGCACCGCCGCCCGGAUUCACACAGCCGCAGAUCAACCCGCAGGCGUUGAACAUGCCCAUCAGCGCUGCCCAGCUGAAUACCCUGAUGUUGGCGUGUGGCAUCCUGGCCCCAGGAGUGCCCAUCCAGCCCCUCAACGGGCCCGAAAUGCCCCCCAACAUGGCAGGGGACGGACCGGCCUGGCUGCUGCACAAUCUCUCGAGGCUUCACAGCUGACACCGCACCAGAAGAGAAGGGGGAACGUGUGUGUGUGUGUGUGUGUGUGUGUGUGUGUGUGUGUGUGUGUGUGUGUGUGUGUGUGUGUGUGUGUGUGUGUGUCUGUGUGUGUGUGUCUGUCUGUGUGUGUGUGUGUGUGUGUGUGUGUGUGUGUGUGUGUGUGUGUGUGUGUGUGUGUGUGUGUGUGUGUGAAGUAGUGGAGGGGUUCCGUGUUUGCGCUGAGCCGCCCGUCACCUUAGACAGCUGAGUGUCCGUGAGGGGAAAGAGGAGUAGGAGGCGGAGGGGAAGAAAGGAGUGGAUCAGAGGAAGAGGAAGGGGAAGAAGAAAGGAGAGAUUGUGGAUGGAGGAGAGGAGAGAAGAGGAGUGGAUGAGAGAGAGAGAGUGUGUGCAUAUGAGAGGAAGAGGAGGAGGAGGAGGAAGAGAGUGGGGAAGGAGGAGAGUGCGGAAGGAGGAGAAGCUGCCCCUCUCUCUCUCUCUCUCUCUCUCUCUCUCUCUCUCUCUCUCUCUCUCUCUCUCUCUCUCUCUCUCUCUCUCUCUCUCUCUCUCUCUCUCUCUCUCUCUCUCCGGCGUGUCUGAGUGCCUGCGCCACUGUGUUCCCUCCUGUUCUUCAGUGUGUCUGAGUGCCUAGUGCCUGUGUGUUCCCGCCAAACUAAAAGUAAAUCCUGUUAACGCCAGUCA